AUGACGCCACGGGUUUCCGGCAGGCGCAGGCCGAGAGGCGGCUGGGUCGCGUCACUGCUGCGCGCCGCGGGGCCGGGCGCGAUGGCGGCGCUGGGCGGGGACGGGCUGCGCCUGCUGUCGGUGUCGCGGCCGGAGCGGCAGCCCGAGUCGACAGCUCUCGGCGGCUCGGGCCCUGGGCUGUGCUGCUGGGUGUCCGUGUUCUCCUGCCUCAGCCUCGCCUGCUCCUACGUGGGCAGCCUCUACGUCUGGAAGAGCGAGCUACCCAGGGACCACCCUGCCGUCAUCAAGCGGCGUUUCACCAGUGUCUUGGUGGUGUCCAGCCUCUCGCCCCUCUGCGUGCUGCUCUGGAGGGAACUCACAGGCAUCCAGCCAGGCACAUCCCUGUUCACCUUGAUGGGCUUCAGGCUGGAGGGCAUUUUCCCAGCAGCGCUGCUGCCCCUACUGCUGACCAUGAUCCUUUUCCUAGGCCCACUGAUGCAGCUCUCUAUGGAUUGCCCCUGUGACCUAGCAGAUGGGUUGAAGGUUGUCUUAGCCCCUCGCUCCUGGGCCCGCUGCCUCACGGACAUGCGCUGGCUGCGGAACCAAGUGAUUGCACCCCUGACAGAGGAGCUGGUGUUCCGGGCUUGCAUGCUGCCCAUGUUAGCACCGUGCACAGGCCUGGGCCCUGCUGUGUUCACCUGUCCACUCUUCUUUGGAGUUGCCCAUUUUCACCACAUUUUUGAGCAGCUUCGUUUCCGCCAGAGCAGUGUGGGGAGCAUCUUCUUGUCUGCAGUACUGGGACAGGAAGGGCAUACAGGUGUGGUCACUCGCGGCCUCCCCGUCUCCAGCGUUCCAGUUCUCCUACACAGCCGUCUUCGGUGCCUACACUGCUUUCCUCUUCAUCCGCACAGGACACCUGAUUGGGCCAGUUCUCUGCCACUCCUUCUGCAAUUACAUGGGCUUCCCUGCUGUGUGCGCGGCCUUGGAGCAUCCACAAAGGCGGCCCCUGCUGGCAGGCUAUGCUCUGGGUGUGGGACUCUUUCUGCUUCUGCUCCAGCCCCUCACGGACCCCAAGCUCUACGGCAGUCUUCCCCUUUGUGUGCUUUUGGAGCAGGCAGGGGACUCAGAGGCUCCCCUGUGCUCCUGACCCACAUUCCUGUAAAUGCACCUAUGAACUCUCAUGGGCUCCCCAGCCCCUCCCCAUCAAAGGGUACUGCAUGGGAGGAGCUAGCUGGAGUCCCCGAGAUCUCAGGAAUUUUUGUAGGGGAUUGAAGCCAGAGCUAGUUGAAUCCCAGGGACCAAGAGGAAGGAGCAGAUAUCCAAAGGGUGCAGCCCCCGCUGAAAGGCGGUUGAGGAGCAGCUGGUAGUGAGGAGACGAGGGGCAGGUCCCCGGAGCUGUGCACUCCGUUCCUCACUUUGGACUGCUGCUUUUCUGGGCUCCACUGUCCCCUCUGCCUCUAAAAAGCUGCUCACGGAAUAGGGGAGGGGUUGGAAUUUACAAAAUCCCUCCCCCCAACUUCCCAGGGUUUUCUCAUUGUCUUUUUGCGUCAGGACUUUGUAUUGAGAUAUUAAAGAAAUUUAACUUGGGUAACAUGG